GCUGAGAACCUUCUUCUUGACCAUGAAAUGAAUAUUAAAAUAGCUGACUUCGGCUUUUCGAACAUCUAUGACCGAUCUCGUAAGCUGGACACCUUCUGUGGCAGCCCUCCUUACGCUGCACCUGAGCUUUUUCUUGGCCGAAAAUAUGAAGGUCCCGAAGUUGACGUGUGGUCUCUGGGUGUUAUUCUAUACACUUUGAUCAGUGGUUCCCUGCCGUUUGAUGGCAAAACCCUAAAGCUGGCUUAUGAUGCCCUAGUGUCAUCCUAA